GAGCACCGGGCAGCACUUGUUCACCACCGGAUCCCCGAGCCCGAUGUGGACGAUCCCGCCGAGCAGGUCCACGCAGGCUCCCAGCUUCAGGACAUCGAUUGGGCAGAUUUCCUUCUUCGCCGGCGGCGGCGGGCAGGCGGCCGGCGGCGACUUGGACCCGCCGGUCACCGGAGGAAUGGGUAGGUUGGGGACGGGAAGCUUGGGGAUGGGGACGGUGGGGACGGUGACCGGAGGGACGGGGAGCUUGGGGAUUGGGACGUUGGGGACGGUGACCGGAGGGACGGGGAGCUUGGGGAUGGGGACGGUGGGGACGGUGACCGGAGGGACGGGGAGCUUGGGGAGUGGGACGGUGGGGACGGUGACCGGUGGGAGGGGGAGUUUGGGGACGGUGACCGGCGGGACUUUUGGGAGGGGAUUUGGGCUUGGGCUUGGGGAGAGGAUGGGAGUGGCGGAGGAGAGGAAGAGCAUGAAG